CACCAUGCCUCUUCCAGAAACCAUGUUCUGUGCUCAGCAGAUCAAAAUCCCCCCGGAGCUACCCAGUAUUCUGAAGCAAUUUACUAAAGCUGCUAUUAGGACUCAGCCUUAUGAUGUUUUGCAGUGGGCAGCUGCGUAUUUUUCAGCCUUGUCUAAAGGUGAACCCCUUCCUGUGAAGGAGAGGCUUGAAAUGCCCUUAGCAGCAGAGAAAAAAGAUGCUGGUUUGACCCCAGGACUCCUUAAGGUGUUGCACAAACAGCUUUCUUCCAAAGGCAUGGUGACUGUUGUAGAACUGAAAGAAAAAUGGAAGCAUUUGGGCUUGCCAGAGGAGCAGCUGGGAGCUAUCCUGCAACUGGACAGUUUUGGCGAGGAGGUGGAAUGGAUGAAGUUUCUGGCACUUGGGUGCAGUGUGCUUGGUGGGUCCUUACUAAGUUCAAUGAAACAGGCCUGUGAGAUCCUAACAAGAGACCCAGAAGGUGGAGCAGCUCGAAUUCCCUUCGAAACAUUCUCAUUCCUUUAUUCAUAUUUGGCCAGUAUUGAUGGAGAGAUAUCAAAGACAGAAACUAAAGUAUUCCUCCUAGGAAUUAAAGAACAAGCGGACAAACACUCUGGCAUGGUGCUGAUCAGACACUUCCUGCCAUACUCCUUCAUAUUUUAUUGAUCA